AUGGAAUCAUGGAGUGACCUUCUGAGCAAUCUCGAGUCCGACGAAACAGAAAGCAUAUUUCUGGCAACCUGUGACCAACGCCUGAGUCACCCCUCGACCACAUACCCGCCUCCCGAACUUCCUCGCCAUGACAGCGGCGUCUCUGGCGUUGCGGUAGAAGAUGACACCAAGCCCUUGCGCCGCUCGAAUGCUGCUUCGUCUCUGCCUGCGAACUCUGCAACAACCAUUUCUAGAAGAGAGCGACCCACUCAGGACGAUCUUGACAGUGCCGUCUGGGUUAGCACAAAGCAGAACGGCAUUGUACAAUACUGGGCACCUCGCUAUGCCGAUGUUCACCACCACAACACCGCAGAAAAUGUCAGGAUUUCACACAUGGCUAGCGUAAGAUCAGCAGUGGUUGCUCAAAACACUCCUAAAGCAUGUACAGCAGUGGACCUAGCGUCAGGUGCCGGAUCCUUCGCGUUCAGCCACGCAGCAGCUGGGGUCCACAAGGUUCUUUGCUGGGAUGCGAAUCCAUGGAGCAUCGAAGGCUUGAGAAGAGGUGCGAUAAAGAACGGGUGGCACAUCCGCGUCUAUUCUGGAGACAGCAAGAGUGUCAAAAUGCAUUCGAAGACCAGAGUGAUGGCGUUCUGCGAGUCUGGCAAUAAUGCUCUGGUCAGAGUCCGAGGCUUGAAAGACUCGCUGCCUCCGGUCAGACAUGUGAACUGCGGAGCUCUUCCCACAUCUCGCGAGUUCUGCGAGACAGCUGUAGCGAUUCUGGAUCCGAGACUUGGAGGAUGGAUCCAUGUACAAGAGACGUAUCGCAUGGAAGAGGUGAUCUUCAAGGCCAACAAAACCAGAUUGGAAUUCGAGGCCAUUGUCGAAGGACUGGACAAGGAGAGAGGAUUCCUGACACAAGCCAAUGGUAUAAAGAGGAAGCCUGUUGUGCAACAUAUCCAGCGUAUCGGAUCGGACGUUCCGGGCAUGUUCCACUGCAUCAUAGAUAUUCAUGUUCCUCCACUUCCAAUAUGA